CAACUGGAAGCUGGAAACUCCGUGGCUGCUCUGAUCUUUGAGGACAAGAACCCUACUUUCUCCCCCCUAAAAACUUGAUUAUACUAGCCAGUAGCAAUAUCAACCAAACAAAGCAAAAGAAGGAAAGGAAGGAAUGACAAUCUUCUUCCAUGCAAGGACUUACUUAUCACGAAGCAUUUCAACUGUUUCGUCUCGCCACCUGCAUAUUUGCAUCGUCGGAAGUGGGCCCGCUGGCUUCUACACUGCUGAGAAGAUGUUAAAGGCGCACCAAGAAGCGCAAGUUGACAUAAUCGAUCGAUUGCCAACGCCGUUUGGAUUGGUGCGCUCCGGCGUCGCACCUGAUCAUCCUGAAACUAAGAUUGUGAUUAAUCAGUUCACUCGAGUCGCGCAACAAGAGCGGGUCGCUUUCUUUGGGAAUGUAGCUUUUGGUUCUGAUGUGUCACUUGCUCAGCUCCGUAAUCUGUACGAUGUGGUUGUGCUUGCUUAUGGGGCUGAGAGCGAUAGGCAUCUUGAUAUUCCAGGAGAAAAUUUGAUUGGGAUACACUCGGCUAGAGAAUUUGUUUGGUGGUACAAUGGGCAUCCUGACUACAGAAACCUGAAUCCAGAUUUGAAGAGCUCUGAUACAGCCAUUGUUCUUGGCCAGGGAAAUGUAGGUCUUGAUGUUGCUCGUAUCCUUUUACGAUCAACAUCAGAAUUGGCCUCCACUGAUAUUGCCAGUCAUGCUUUAACUGCUCUAGAAGAAAGUUCUAUCAGGAAAGUUUACCUGGUUGGAAGACGGGGGCCAGUUCAAGCGGCUUGUACUGCUAAAGAGCUCCGUGAAGUUCUUGGGAUGAAAGAUUUGUAUAUUCAAAUAAAUGGAGCUGAUUUACUAAAAACCCGAGAGGACGAGGAAGAGAUGAUGAACAAUCGAAUUCGGAGAAGGGUUUACGAAUUAAUUCAAAAGGCAGCCACCUCAGGACCUUCCCAACCCAGCCCAGGUCAGCGAGAACUUCACUUCGUCUUCUUCCAUAAACCUGACAGGUUUCUACAAUCAGAAGACGGGAGGGGUCGUGUUUCAGCUGUGCGAUUUGAGAAGACAGCUCUUAGAGGUGUUGGCUCUGGGAAACAAGUUGCAGUUGGUACAGAAGAAUAUGAGGAUCUUAGCUGCGGGAUAGUGUUAAAAAGUAUUGGUUACAGGUCAGUCCCAGUUGAUGGUUUACCCUUUGAUCACCAUCAAGGUGUGGUCCCUAACAAAAGGGGUCGAGUUCUUACUGAUACUUCAGGUUGUCUGGUCGAAACAGGGUUGUAUGUAUGUGGGUGGUUGAAGAGAGGUCCAACUGGGAUUAUUGCUACAAAUCUUUACUGCGCUGAUGAAACUGUUGGUAGCAUAUCAGAGGACCUUGAAAAAGGAGUAAUAGCAGCUUCUUCUAGUUUGCUAAACCCUGGCAGGAAGGGACUCCUCCAGUUACUGGAUAACAAGAAUGUUGAAGUUGUCCCGUUCUCUGGCUGGGAAAGGAUUGACUCCAAAGAGAAGAUGCUUGGCAGUUUGCGAAACAAACCCAGAGAAAAAUUAGUUUCAUGGGAGGAGCUGCUCGAAGCCGCCAAAGAAUGAAUUUCCUUCUUUGAAUCUCAUUUAUGCAGAAGCAAAAAAUAAGUGAUUCCACUUUUGCUAGAUUAA